AUGACUGCAACGAGUGGACAAACGGCUUCACGUGGGAAGAAAAAACAUUUUCUUAACAAAUUUGUUGUCCGUAAAUAUUGCUAUGGUUAUUGUGGAUGUGGGGUUUGUUUGGUUAUAGCUGGAUUUAUUCUCAUCUUUUUCAUGGGUUUGAAUGUGUCUUGGUAUAAUAGGGCAAUUUACAAUGCUAAACAGCGCAAGAGUUUAUUGUCUGGACGAAGCAAAUUCGAGGCAUAUUUUCAAAGUGUUUGUCCAAUCUAUCCGUUUGCUAAUGGUUCUAUGCCUGAAUUUGAUUAUUCAUAUUGCAACCGUUAUUGUAAUAAGAAUGAACAUAUGGAAUUUAUGUAUAGAAUUAUUAAACCAAAUGAAUCUAAAGUCAUGGAUGCUAAUAAGGAUGCUAAAUGUCCUUAUUAUGUUGUUCUUAGACCCUGCCAAUGUGAUAAAUACAAAAAUGGAGCAAAAAUUGAAUCUCAUUGUGAGGCUAAGAAAUUCAAUAAAGAAUUCAUCUCAAUUAAGGAAAAAGAAGGUGAAAGUAAAACUACAAAAUUGGGUAUUUGUAUUCCUUGUGAGGAUGAUUCUGCCGAUUCAAAAAUUAAUAAGAAUGCAACAACUGUUGAACCAAACACGAAGAAGAAUGGGUAG